GGCCUCCAUCCACAACACGGCACACAGAGAGAGGAGAGAGAGACCCGUCGGUACGCGAGGCGGAGUGUGUGGUGAGAGGUGGUGAGGCGGCUCAAACAGCGGCCCCGCUCGAUCAAAUAAUCGACCGCGCGCGCGACCGACGAGCGCGGCCGUCACCGUAUAGUGGUUCGUGUUGUUUCGCGCACUCGUCCACGUCUCGUACAACACGCGAACGAGAGCUUGGGCUCUUUCCCUGUCAUCGGCUUUGCAUUCGCCGUGCCCUCCAUGGUGUUGGGGUAACAAUUACCCCCUAUCUCUCCCGCGGGGGUAUUCACUUUCGCGCUCGCGUCCGCUCCUGUCUGCUUCGUGCGCAUCAAAUGCGCAUCUUUCCGUGAACAAACUGGACUGUUGCAUUGUGUUUCUAGGAAGAACAGGAACAAGGAGUGAACAAAUUAUCCAGUUAUCCUCAUCGCUCCGCUGACGCGCCCUUCGGAGGUAAAGAUACGCUCGUAAUUUUUUCUUCUCGCGCGGAAAGAAAUAGCGUACUCGCGAUUCUGCUCCGGUUGUGACAGAAGAGAGUUCCGACGAUACAGUGUACCGUUCAGUGGAUUCUUGCUCUGAGGAAGAAUAUUUGGUGAAAUUCUUCUUUUUGGUGAAGUUCUUUGAGCGUGAGGCGAUUCCUCCCAGGCAGUCGUCGCGCGUCUCCAGGCGUACUCUGUGCGUAUGACUUGAGGAUCACUUCUUGUGACUUGUGACUCAGCAACAAUAGAAGACUUAGAAUUAGGGAGAGAGAAAGAGAGAGAGAGAAACUCUCGAUUAUAGCGAGUUGAACUCGUGGAUUGACUUCGGAUUCAUCCGGUAAAAAAAUUAAGGGAAUACCCGACUGCCAGCAGCCGUGGUACCGCGGAUUUCAUGAUUCCCGCUUGACAACGACAACGCGACAGCAGGCCACCCCUGCAUCGGUGAGCUCUAUGACCAUGCUUCAGUCGCAAAAGCUGUACGGCGAUGCGGGUGCCAUGACCAGCGCCACGAUGUCCAGUAUGGGCAGCAUGGCGCCCACGUACAGCUCGAUAAACUCGAUGAGCUGCGUGCCGAUGGGCAUGUCGAUGGGAGUCGGAGUCGGGCCCAGCUGUAGUCCCCAGGGCGCUGGCGGCUUUAACAUGAGUACCAUGAGCUCGGCGAUGGGAAUGGCAUCAAUGGGUGGCGGCGGUAUGACCGGUUACAGCGGCGCUUCCAUGGGCGCCGGCGGCGCCUGCAUGAGCGCCGUCGGAUACGGUCCGCUAACUCCCGGCGGGGGUACAGGCGUCAGUCGGGAUCCCCUCGCCCUGACGGAACCAGAUUCGCCGAAUUCCGCACUCCAGCGCGCCCGCAACGAGAAAUCCUAUCGACGCAGUUACACUCAUGCGAAGCCGCCGUACUCCUACAUCAGCCUGAUCACUAUGGCGAUACAAAAUGCACCUCACAAGAUGUUGACCCUCUCGGAGAUCUAUCAGUUCAUCAUGGAUCUGUUCCCAUUUUACAGACAGAACCAGCAACGUUGGCAAAAUUCUAUCAGGCAUUCUCUGAGCUUUAAUGAUUGUUUUGUCAAGGUGCCGCGUACGCCGGACAAGCCCGGCAAAGGAUCAUUUUGGACGCUACAUCCUGACAGCGGUAAUAUGUUUGAAAAUGGUUGUUAUCUGCGACGCCAAAAGAGGUUCAAGGACGAAAAAAAGGAAAUGACCAGACAGACCAACAAACAUCAGCAACAUCAGCAGCAUCCGACAGCAACUGCGGUAGCAGUGGCGGCUGGCGCGACCAUCGCCGGUCAGCACAGUCCACCCACUCAUGAAGUCGCGCCCGGUUCUAAGAAGACCGGAUCGUCCAUUCAUCAUGGCGGUCCUCAGCAGCAGGACGACAAGGACUUACACUCCCUUGUGUCUUCGCACCAUCAUCAUCACACGAGUCUGCAUCAGCAUCAUGCUUUGAAGAGCGACAGUACGGAUCUCGGCGGUCUUCUUGGGCCUGAUCUCAGCGCUGCGCACGACGAACUCACCGCAAUGGUCAGCCGCACCAUCCAUCCAAAUGCACUGUUGUCCGAAACCGCGAGCUUGCACCACGGCAUGGCGGGCAGCUUGAAGCAAGAGCCUCUUUAUGGAACGGCGGCCAAUCAUCCGUUUAGCAUCAACAGGUUAUUGCCGCGCGACACGACCGGCACUUCUCCCGGCGCUCAGGACACCAAACCGCCCGAGAUGAAGAUGUAUGAGCAGUUGCAUCAGAGCUACGCCAACUUUGGCUCGCCGCAUCAUCCGCACGCGCACUCGGCGCCACCCAGUCAUCAUCAUCACAAUGGCAUGCACGCUGGCACGAACGCUGCCGGACCAAUGCACAUGACGAAUCAUCAUCACCAGGAAUACUAUCAGAGCCCGCUUUAUCAUCACGCGACGAGUGUGGCCACCACGAGCGCUCCCCCGCCGCCCGCUGUCGCUACCGCGGCGCCGGGCUUGUGACAUCACGCUACCCACCCUUA